GACUUGAUGUUAGUUGAGUGGUUGGGCGAUGACACAUACCAGAUUCAGAUAUACAUAUACUAUAUAAUAAUAGUACUGCUCGCCUUCCAUUCUUCCUUUCUUCUUUCUGCGCAACCCAAAACCCUAGAUUCGUAACUGUACCACGUCCUCGUCCCAAUCAAGUGAAAGCUCGAUGGCUGAAAUGGACCAGAACACGGGCGGUGAGCAUGAGGCGGAGGAAACGAUUGAGAUUGAGGCGGAAGUGCACGGUGGUGAAGAGGCGGUUGUUGCGGAGAAGAAGUGGCCGGGGUGGCCCGGGGAGAGUGUGUUUCGGAUGUUAGUUCCUGCGCAGAAGGUUGGGGGUAUCAUUGGACGCAAAGGAGAGUUCAUCAAGAAAAUUGUCGAGGAGACACGAGCUCGAGUUAAAAUUCUUGAUGGUCCUCCGGGAACUGUGCAAAGGGCUGUAAUGAUAUCAGCUAAAGAGGAACCUGGUUCCUCUGUUCCUCCUGCUGUGGAUGGCUUAUUAAGGAUUCAUAAACGGAUUAUUGAUGGUUUAGAGAGUGAUUUUACCCAUGCUCCUUCAGGUGUGGCCGGGAAGGUUUCUACAAAACUUCUAGUGCCAGCCUCACAAGCAGGAAGUUUGAUUGGGAAGCAAGGAGGAACUGUAAAAUCUAUCCAAGAAGCAUCCAAUUGUAUUGUUAGAGUUCUUGGAGCAGAAGACCUCCCUAUUUUUGCCCUUCAAGAUGACAGGGUGGUUGAAGUAGUUGGGGAUCCCGCUGGAGUGCAUAAGGCAUUAGAGUUAAUUGCCUCCCACCUAAGGAAGUUUUUAGUUGAUCGCGGUGUAAUUCCAAUUUUUGAAAUGAAUAUGCAAACAGCCAAUCCCCACCAUGCAGAGCACAUGCCACCCCACCAAUCUUGGGGACCACCUCAGGGUCUUCCUCCAAAUGUUGGUGGAGGUCCUGGUUUUGGACCUCCUUCUCAAUACAUGCCACCUCCACGACAACUUGAUAGUUAUUAUCCAUCAGCUGAAAUGCCUCCUCCAGUGGACAGACAGCCCCAUCAAGGUAUAUCUGCUUAUGGAAGAGAUGCUUCAAUAGGUGUUCAUGCAUCUUCAAAUACUCAAUCUGCACCUUCCAUAGUCACACAGAUCACGCAGCAAAUGCAAAUUCCUCUAUCUUAUGCUGAUGCUGUUAUUGGAACAGCUGGAGCAAGUAUAAGCUACAUCAGACGAGCUAGUGGGGCUACUGUUACCAUACAAGAAGCAAGAGGUGUUCCUGGGGAGAUGACAGUUGAAAUCAGUGGAACUGCUUCUCAAGUCCAAACAGCACAGCAACUAAUACAGAAUUUUAUGGCUGAAGCUGCAGCUGCAGCUGCAGCACCAGCACAGCCGCAAACAACUGUGCCUGCUGCAGACCAAGGAUACAAUUCUUACCCUGCCCAUGGUUCUGUCUAUGCCUCUCCUCCUUCCAAUCCUGGACAUGCUGGAGGCUAUGGCUCAGUUUAUGGUGCAAACUAUGGGUACUAAGCUGGGCAGAGCAACUAAUGCUGCUAUUAUUGAAAUUUAUAAUGCUGGGAACAGAAUUAAUGUAAUAAUUUAAGAAAUUUUAGAUUAUUGUCCGACUUUUGUGUUCUGUUAUACUCCUAGUCAUUUGGAAAGGUAAAACAUACUAUUCGUGGCCUUCUGAUGUAUCAUGUACUUGUUCUAUGAUUCUAUCUAAUUGGUGCACCUAUUCCUCUUCCUA